AUGGAGGAGAAACCAUUGAUUGACUUGUCAGAUAGCCACUGCCAUUUCCACCCGGAAGCAACCUUUGAAGAUGCACACAAAUUUGCCGCUAUUCUAAACAAUAGCAAUUCUUCAAAAUACUUUUUCCACUUGAUGACUACUCAGCAUAUAGAUCUUGAAUGCAUGGAUAUUCUAUUAGAGAAUUUGAAGGAGAAAAACCUUAUAGUGCCAUAUUUUGGUGUUCAUCCUUGGUUUAGUCAUUUGUUCUACUUGGGGUCCGAAAAACCAAGUAAAAUAGAUCAUUACAAUCUGGUAUUGAAACCGCCUCCAACAAAAGAGUUGUUAUCACAACUCCCCGAGCCAUUGAGUCUACUUGAACGGUUUAAUAGGAUUUUAGAACUCGUUGCAAAAUACGAUUUACAAAAGUACGGUAUUGGAGAAAUCGGUUUGGACAAGUUGUUCCGAGUCCCUAAAACCGGUUUUUUGGGCAACCCCAACUGUAAAGAAGAAGAAAAGGAACAACAACUAGAAAAAGAACAACCAGAAAAAGAGGAGAAGCUCUCACCAUCAAAAGUGACCUUGGCUCACCAGAAGGAGAUAUUCAGGCACCAGUUGGAUUUUGCCAAUAGGGUACAGAAACAAGUGUCAAUACAUUGCGUGAAAGCGCAUGGAGCAUUAUUUGAUGAGGUGAAAAAAUACCCAUUACUACGAGUGCUCCUACAUUCUUACACCGGCUCAAUAGACCAAGCUAAGUUAUGGAUAAGAACGUAUCCUCGAGAUAAGCUAUUCUUUUCAUUUUCCAAUUGGAUCAAUGGCGAAAGAGAAGAAUCUUUAAAAUUAUUGAUCAAUGAAUUAGAUGCCCGUCAAAUCUUGACAGAAAGCGAUAUUUACGUAGACAAGCUUUUCAUUCAAAACAAACGAGAAGAAUACUUGAAUCACUUGUUAGGUAUUUAUCAAAAAUUAAACCAGUAUAUAGACUUUGACUCUUUGCAGGUCAAAGCCAACAUGCUAACGUCAAUAAACGCAAUAUAA